AUUUGUGUUUAUAUAUAUUGUUUAUUUUACCUAUAAGUGUCUCAAUCUUUUAUGUUUUAAGUAUGAACAUGAGAAAAUUUGAUAUGUAGUGUAAAACAAACCACACAUACUUAGCUUAAACUCAAUUAUUUUUUUGGUCUUCUUAUUUAAGCUCCUAAUUAUAAGGUUGUUAUUUUUUUCUUGAAAGUUCAGUUUUUGGUGUCUAAUAAUUUUGAUUAUAAUGUUUCUCAUUGUUUUGUUAGGCACAUUUCUAUGAUUGGAUUUUGAUUAUCUUUUGUUAUCUUGAUGUUAUAUUACGUCUUUUCUAGAUUGUUUUUAUUUUGAUCCUCACCUAAAUUGUUUUUACCUUGAAUCGAGGGUCUAUCGGUAACUGCCUCUCUACCUCACCUAUUGCUUCUUGCUACUAUAUUGCGUCUUUUCUAGAUUGUUUUUAUCUUGAUCCUCACCUAGAUUGUUUUUACCUUGAGCCGAGGGUCUAUCGAAAACUGCCUCUAUACCUCACCUAUUGUUUCUCACUACUAUAUUACGUCUUUCUUAGACUACUUUAAUCUCGAAUCGAGGGUCUAUUGGAAAUUGCCUCUCUACCUCGCCUAUUGUUUCUUGCUACUAUGUUACGUCUUUUUUAGACUGUUGUUUUCUUGAGUCGGGGUGUAUCGAAAACUGCCUAUCUACGUCACAGUCACCUCUGAGAUAGUGGUACGAAAACUGCGUACGCUUUACACUGUUAGUAUUUUUGUUGUUGCUUUCACUUGUGACAAAAAAUAUCUAUAUUUUGUGGAUAAUUUUUGUUAUACAAGAAAACAAAACCAUUCUUACCUUUCACGGGACUCUGGUAUUUAGUUGGCUUAAUUGUCAACAUUCUUUAUUCAUUCAUUGCUAUAAAUUGGUGGGGUUUGGUUUUGCUUUCUUAUUAUUCUAAAAUAAAGUUUUUUUUGUUGUUGUUGUUCUUUAAAGGUACAAUUUUUUAAUGAAUUUUUAGCUUAUGGGGUUCAUUAUUUUGAUCAAAAUUAAGUUUUUUGUUCCUUAAAAAUACAAUUUUUAUUUAAAUUUGAGCUUUUCUUGAUUAUUUUGAUCAAGAUGAAGUGUUUUGUUCUUUAAAGAUACAUUUUUUGUUGAAAUUUGAGCUUUUCUUGAGAGUUUCCAUCUUGUUUUUGUUGUUUUUUUGGCUCUUUUUCUCCCACAUCGUAGUUUUGUCAGGUAUUUUUGUUAGUGUUCUGUCUGGUUCAAUUGUUCUGAACCAGUUCAUUUCACUAAGUUGUUCUGUUGUAGUGGGAAAAUUACCCGAUUUUCCCAACAGUUUUGAUAAAAAUGAAGUCUUUGAUGUUGUUGAAAGUGUGGGGGGUGCUGGUUUUGGCUAUGUUAUGUGGGGUUGUUAAGAGUAAGGAGUGUACCAACAUUCCAACUCAAUUAUCAUCACAUAGUUUAAGAUAUGAGUUGUUAUCUUCAAAGAAUGAAUCAUGGAAAGAAGAGAUGUAUUCUCAUUACCAUUUGACUCCAACCGAUGAUUCGGCUUGGAGUAAAUUGCAUCCAAGGAAAAUGUUGAAGGAGGAAGAGAAGUUUGAUUGGAUGAUGAUGUAUAGACAGAUAAAGAAUUCUGGUGGUGUUAAAGGGAUUGAUGGUAUAUUGAAUGAAGUUUCACUUCAUGAUGUGAGAAUUGAACCGAAUUCGAUGCAUGGAAUAGCUCAACAGACUAAUUUGGAGUACUUGUUGAUGUUGGAUGUUGAUAGUUUGGUGUGGAGUUUUAGGAAAACUGCUGGCUUGGAGACUCUUGGUAAUGCAUAUGGAGGUUGGGAGGCUCCGAAUGUUGAACUUCGCGGUCAUUUUGUCGGUCAUUACCUUAGUGCCUCAGCACAGAUGUGGGCUAGCACACAUAACGAAAGCCUCAAACAGAAAAUGUCUGCUGUUGUUUCUGCACUUUCUACUUGUCAAGAGAAAAUGGGCUCGGGGUAUGUAUCUGCUUUUCCAUCUGAGUUAUUCGACCGAUUUGAAGCUAUAAAACCAGUAUGGGCACCAUACUACACGAUUCAUAAGAUAAUGGCAGGUCUCUUGGACCAGUAUAUGAUAGCUGGUAAUGAUCACGCUUUAAAGAUGACUACAUGGAUGGCCGAAUACUUCUACAAUCGAGUGCAAAACGUGAUAACAAAGUAUACCAUUGAACGACACUGGCGAUCAUUAAAUGAAGAAACUGGUGGCAUGAAUGAUGUUCUUUAUAGGUUAUACACUGUAACGGGCGAUCCAACGCAUUUAUUGCUGGCUCAUCUCUUUGACAAACCGUGUUUUCUAGGACCCUUAGCUUUAAAGGCUGACGAUAUAUCAGGUUUUCAUGCCAAUACACACAUCCCAGUUGUUGUUGGAACUCAAAUGCGUUAUGAAAUUACUGGUGAUCCCUUAUACAAGGAAAUUGGGACGUUCUUUAUGGAUAUCGUCAAUUCUUCCCACAGCUAUGCAACUGGUGGGACAUCAGUCGGUGAGUUUUGGUCUGAUCCAAAGCGGUUGGCAAGCACACUACAAACCGAGAAUGAGGAGUCCUGUACGACCUAUAACAUGCUGAAGGUUUCCCGACACCUAUUCAGAUGGACGAAAGAAAUGGCAUAUGCUGAUUACUAUGAACGCGCGUUAACAAAUGGUGUACUCAGUAUCCAAAGAGGAAUAGAUCCUGGAGUUAUGAUAUAUAUGCUUCCUCUUAAACAAGGUGGUUCGAAGGCUCAGAGCUACCACAAAUGGGGAACACAGUUCGAUUCUUUCUGGUGCUGCUACGGAACAGGAAUUGAAUCAUUCUCCAAGUUGGGAGAUUCUAUAUAUUUCGAAGAGAAAGGGAAUUCUCCAGGACUUUACAUUAUCCAGUAUAUACCUAGCUCUCUUGAUUGGAAAACUGGGCAGGUCUUGGUGAGUCAAAAAAUCGAGCCUGUUUUUUCGUGGGAUAAUCGUCUCCGAGUGACCAUUACAAUAUCUUCAAAUGGGCAUUCAAGUGGUGCAUCGUCUACGUUGAACUUGAGAAUACCGACCUGGACACAUUCAAGUGGCGCAAAGGCAACCUUAAACGGAAAGGAUUUGUCUCUACCAACACCAGGUAAUUUCCUGACUGUUGCCAAAACUUGGGGCCAAGGCAACAAGAUUACUCUCGAGCUACCCAUGAUUCUAAGAACCGAGGCCAUACAAGAUGACCGGCCUGAGUAUGCAUCCGUUCAGGCAAUUCUUUAUGGUCCAUACCUUCUAGCUGGUCAUUCUAGUGGUGAUUGGGACAUCGUAACAAAAUCAACCACUGCUCUUUCGGACUUAAUAACUCCCGUUCCAGCUGACUAUAACGCCAAUUUAAUAUCUCUGAUGCAAGAAUCUGGUAACACAACAUUCGUUCUGACAAACUCUAAUCAGUCAAUUCAAAUGGAGAAGUACCCUGAAGCCGGAACAAAUGCUGCUAUUAGCUCUACGUUCAGACUCAUUUCACUCGACAAAUCAUCUGUCAGUCCUUCACAACAUAACGAUCUCAUCGGAAAACAAGUCAUGUUAGAGCUCUUUGAUCUACCCGAAAUGUUCAUAUCUCAUCAAGGACAAGAACAAAGUCUAGGAAUUGCAGCCUCCUCAGACGAGGGUGGUUCUUUGUUCCGUGUUGCAGCAGGAUUAGAUGGGCAAGGCAAUACAGUUUCUCUCGAAUCUGAAUCACAGAAAGGUUGUUUCAUCUCUAGCGGUGUGAACUAUGGAUCAAGUUCAACUGUCAAACUCAGCUGCAAUACGAAGUCCUCGGACGCUGGAUUCAAACAGUCAGCAACUUUUAUAUUGGGAAAUGGCAUUAGUGAGUAUCAUCCUAUUAGUUUCGUCGCGAAAGGGGCAAAGAGAAACUUCGUUUUGUCACCAUUGCUUAGCUUUAGAGAUGAAUCUUAUACUGUGUAUUUCAACAUUCAAUCAUAGUGUGGUAGCCAGGGAGGUUAAUUAGUACUGUUGCAGAUGACAAUAAAAUCAAAUAUUUGCCUA